ACUGAUCCCUGAUCGUGAACAACGUUGGCCAUUGUUCCACUUUAUGUGGAGUACAAUGUCUCAAGCUACUCAAGUUAGCGUUAUACUGAUUGCAGUACUAGUCAUAUCUUGCGCAUAUGCUUUCCAUUCCUUCAAUCUAUUGCUAAGCGGUUCAUUAGCUUCAGCUAUAUUUGUAAUUUUCUUAUUUAAUCAAUUUCAUGUGAGCCCAAAAAAGAAUACUUUGCAAGUAAAUUCUGAAACAAAGGCCCAGGACGACAGCCCCGCAUCAAGUACACCAAACCCCACCUGUCAAUGCGGUCAACCUAAAACAAAUUUUGUGGAUAACCCCAAAACUAUACCAGAUGAUCCAACAAGUAAUACUGAGACAGACUUGAGUGAACCGAGGAGUUCAUUUUCUCAGCAGAAUACUAUAGGCUCUGAUGUUAUGACAUCAGAGCCAGAAGAAGUAGACGGAAUGGACCAAUUGGCGACAAAAUCUUUAUUACAAAGGCGACAAGUACGAGAUCUACGCGUCUCUACUGAUCAUCAUAUAUUGCCAAAGUCCUCAUCAUUUUCUACGCCACUACGGCCUCAACAUCGGCUAUCACCUUACUUAAGAGGCUCGCUUUCAGAAACCACGUCUGCAAAGUCACCCACUGUUAUACCACCGGACUUUUCCUUGGCAACCAAGCGACCAUUGCGAAGAAGACAUUCGACUAUUUUAGUAACAGCUCAGCGUCUCGAAAAGGACGCAAAGAGUAAAGAAGUUUUAAGCAGUAAAGUUCCUAGCGCCAUAUCUAGGCGCGCGUUUGGGUUCGAACCUAUUUACGGCGAAUGGGAAAAGCGAGCCCAAGCGGAGGCCCACUCCCCUGGCCCUCAACAAAAUAACAAAAAUCAAAACUUUAGUAUUCAUCCGCAAUAAUUUCACAUUCCUUUGACAGUACACGCAAUCUAUUUAAUCGUAAUAAAAUACAGUUACCAAAGAAAUGGACUGUAUAAGAGUCUGGAGUGGGUUUAUUUUGACGGCACAGGUUUAUGGAGGUUGCUAUAAAAGUGCAACUGUACAAUUUCGAAUCGAGAAGGGAGUGUGAUGGAUGCUUGGGCAAGUGAAAACAAGAAAAUGAAUGUGUCUAGGAAGUGCAAAACAAAACAAAGCAAAGUCGAUGAUAAUGUCAGGGAAAAAGUUCAAUAUGCAGCAUAGCCAGCGCACUAGCUAAGCGGGCAAUUGAAACCAUCUGGUCCCGGGGAAACCAUCGCGACAGGAUGCCAAACGAUCCCCCAAAUGUCAAAGAUGGC